CAGAAAGCACUGCCUGCUCCUGGUCUGAUGCUGUGGAUGCUGCCUGCCAGACACUGCUGCAGACUCCUGGGCUGCCCUUGAAGGCAACUUACCAAUGGUUAACCAGCCAGCAAGGAUUUUCAACUGAAAUCCCUGUGGAAGAUAUAAGUCUAAAAGUUGUUUCAGUGAAGACACACUAGAAAGGAUAAAAUGGAUGCCAUGCACAAGCUGAAGAUUCUGGUGAUGCUUCUGGCUCUGGCUGUUUUUGUGGCUGUAGUGAUACUGAAUGCUGGAGAUGCCACUGGGACGUUCAAAGGUCUGUUCAGGUCAACCCCUGGAAACAUCUCGGCCAAGUACAACACUGACUUCACACCAGCUGGCUGGACUUUCCUCAUCUGGAAUGUCAUCUAUGCCUGGCAGCUUGCCUGGCUUCUCUACGCCUUGUCGGGGAUCUGUCGAAGGAAUGAAUUUGGAUGUGUCUGCAUAAAGCCGGACUUGCUGCCAAUAUCUUUUUACACAGUGUGGAUACUCAACAAUGGCCUCAAUAUUUCAUGGCUGUUUCUGUGGGACCGAGAAUGCCUCCUCCCAGCCCUGGUGCUCCUGGUAGCUCUCACUCUUACUACAUUUGUCUGCCUCAUCAUUUCACACCGAGCCUUGAAUGCCCAUUCCUCGUGGCUUGUGAAGGGCCACAAAGCUGAGCUCUGGCUCAUCCGCAUCCUAGUCCAGAAUGGGCUGGCGCUGUAUGCAACAUGGACCAGCAUUGCCACCCUGCUGAACUUUGCUGUUGUGCUGAUCUACAAGUGGAACGUGGCCAAUGAGACAGCAACGACUGCUUGUCUCAGCAUCCUAGGUCUCAGCCUAUUAAUAUGGUUUUAUCUAGAAAACUUUGUCCUUGACCAGUAUGUCCGCUAUAAUCUCACAGUCUACCCAGUGGUCAUAACAGCUCUGACUGGCAGCGCAUGCAAGAACUUCUUGUUUUCAUUCCCAACAACAAAUGGUGUUUUUAUAGUUGUUCUGCUGGCAAUCACUUGCUUCCUUUUUGCUGUUCGGCUGGGACUUGUUGCAUGGAGACUCUUUAGGAGACCAUUGGAAGCAUCAGAAAACCCAGACCCAUAGGGCACAGUGGCCUGAGACCUCUGGCAUGUUGUAGCACAUACUUUAAAUGGAGAAAAAAGGA